UACGAAUUAACUGGUUUAUACAAGUAUUAUAAAGGGUGUGCAAGUCAAAAGAGUGGAAAAAGAGUCGUUACCUAAAUGAAAAAUAAAAAAGUAGCAUGAUUUACGAUACGAGUGUGAUUCAAUUUGUUUGUAUGUGGCAUCUGGCUGGAAAUCACCACAACCACGUCCUUUCCUGUUCCUGAUGGAUGCAUUUCAGUACAAAAAGUCAUUCCAAAAUUCAAUCAUUUUCAUCAUGUAACAGUUCUCUCUCAGCUCUCUCUCUCUCUCUCUCUCUCUCUCUCUCUAGCUGCAUCCUGUCCAACCAAAUAAUAAUAAUAAUAUAAUCCUGAGUUCAGUGUAGAGUCACACCUUAGUCCUCGGGAGCGGCUGCAACAAUGGACAAUGUAGCACUGCUGCUGCUGAUCCUUCUAAUUCUAACAACUUCCACCUGCUCUGCAGCUUCAACCUGGCCUUCUCACUUUCAAGAGCUGAACGUGGAGGAAGCAAUCGUAGGAACGAAGCUGAAUCCGAAAGGAGGAGAUGAUUUGGAACUGGAAGAGGAAGAGGAAGAGGGAAAAUGGAAGGUGAAGCUGGUUCACAGAGACAAGAUAAGCAAGGCCCCUGACAAGGAUCAUCGAACGCGUUUCAACGCAAGAAUGAAACGGGAUGUGAAAAGGGUAGCCUCACUCCUUCGCCGCCUAAAUAACGGUUACAGCUACGAAUACAAAGAAGCGGGUUUCGGGUCGGAUGUGGUGUCGGGUACGGAGCAAGGGAGUGGAGAGUAUUUCGUGAGAAUAGGAGUGGGUAGCCCUCCAACGUAUCAGUACAUGGUUAUUGACUCAGGGAGUGACAUUGUAUGGGUCCAAUGCCAACCCUGUACCCAAUGUUACAACCAAUCCGACCCGAUAUUCAACCCGGCUCACUCCGCUUCUUACGCCGCCCUUUCUUGCUCCUCCACCGUCUGCGACCAACUCGACGACGCCGCCUGCCGCCAAGGAAGCUGCGCCUACCAGGUCUCCUACGGCGACGGCUCCUACACCAAAGGGACACUUGCACUCGAAACCCUCACGUUGGGCCCAACGGUUAUACGGAACACCGCCAUAGGGUGCGGCCAUUGGAAUCAGGGGAUGUUUGUUGGAGCGGCUGGCCUGUUGGGCCUCGGAGCUGGGCCCAUGUCCUUCGUGGGCCAGCUAGGGGGCCAAACCGGUGGUGCCUUCGGGUACUGUUUACUCACUCGAGGCACCGGAUCGUCCGGUUCCCUCCAAUUCGGACGCCAAGCAAUGCCCCUCGGAGCUGCAUGGGUCCCACUCAUUCGCAACUCCUUCUUUCCCAGUUUCUACUACGUUGCCCUUUCGGGUCUUGGAGUCGGAGGCUCGCGCCUGAACAUAUCCGAAGAUGUUUUCCGAGUCACCGAUUUAGGCGACGGAGGAGUUGUUAUGGACACCGGCACUGCAGUUACUAGGGUUCCCACGCUGGCUUACAAUGCUCUUCGUGAUGCUUUUAUCGCUCAGACCACAAACCUUCCCCUGGCAUCCGGAGUAUCCAUUUUCGACACUUGCUAUGAUUUAAACGGGUUCGUUACGGUUCGGGUCCCCACCGUAUCCUUUUAUUUUUCCGGUGGGCAGAUCCUGACCCUCCCCGCCAGAAACUUUUUAAUUCCGGCAGAUGACGUCGGAACUUUCUGUUUCGCAUUUGCUCCUUCUCCUUCAGGCCUUUCCAUCAUGGGGAAUAUUCAGCAAGAAGGGAUUCAGAUUUCGGUUGAUGGAGCCAAUGGUUUUGUCGGAUUUGGACCUAAUGUUUGUUAAGUAAUCAAUGUACACCCACAAUCUUAAUUUUGCUAGUCUUAGACUCCCAAUAAUAUCACCUGUUAUAUUUACAUAUGCCCCAGAAAAUAACUAGUCUCGUGAAUGUGACCGGUAAGGUAAUUAUCCUAGUUCUUUAUGAGCUCCCUUUCCGUUAGCUGCUAAAAGCAAUUUUGCCCACACUUGUUUAAUUUAUAAUAUUACUUGUCCAUGCAAAGGUGCAUCUAAUUAUGAGCCCCACUUUGAAUGCAGUAAGAUGUUCAAUUUGUUCUUGUAAAGAUUCCUCUCCCACUAUGAAUAAGGCGCUGCUAACGCUGUUGCAUCAUGAAGGAAAGGGAACCACCACCUUUGUGGACAUGGGAAACCAUCACUGGGGUUUCUGGUCUACCCUUGUUGAUACCUAGGUUGGACAAAAGCAACCCUUGCUUUCUCCUCUUUUGAGAUUGAGAAAAGCACUUUUGUUACUUUCCGGUUAAUUAUUACUUUAUCAGCUACCACGAAAUAUGAACUUUGAUAACAAUUAAUGUUAAUUAAAAGUCCAAUUCAGUUAAAUAAUAAUAACUAGCAAGUUAAGAAAAGAAAAGAAAUUAAUUUGAGAUGAUUUCUACAUUUCUCUCCAAACUCUUCGUAUAUGCUUCAAACUUUUUGUGCUACUUCCAAAUUUGGUUUGGAUAAUGUUUUGCCACAACACUUCAUCUUCUCAAGUACUGUGACAAACUUGCAAUGUUCCAAUCUUGCGUGGUACUACUAUUAAAUUCAUACAGAAGAGAUAAUAUAUCCUUGUAUCGGAAACUAGAAACACAAAAGCAACGCGACAGAGCUUGAUAUGAUCCAAUAAGGGAAUGAAGACAUAGAGUAAGAGGUAAAGAACUUAGAACCUCUGCUGUUGAGAUGGAAGACCAUUAUUAUAGUUUACAUCACCCAGCAAAGCUCAAAAGAAUGUGUGGUUAGCUUAAGUGGAUGAAGGAUGUUAAGAGUUCUGUGAAAUUUAAAAGUGAAAUUCACCUUACUUCGAGGGAAGAGGAAAACUUCCACAACCACAAGGGUUCUUACAAAAUAUUCUCCAUUUUUUAUUGAUGAUAAAAAUGAUAUAAAUACAUAGAGGAAAGAUACAAAAAAUAGAGUAAAUCCUAAAACAGCAACAUGAUCACUGGAGCAGAGAAAAAUUAGGAAAAUUAAAUAAAUCCUAACAUAAUCAAUUCAUCUCGUAUUCCUUGAAUUUCAGAGGGGCUUGACGGUUUCUAGGAGAAUUUCUUCUCAGCUUUGGCUUGGCUUUUCCAAUUGUAUCCUCCAAAUCACUUGGGUUGGGCUCUUGAAACAUAUUUGACUCUAAUUUCUCCUCAACCUAAUUAUGGUCCAUAACAUCUUCUUCCCCCCUCACAAACACCUUGUCCUCAAGGUGUAAUUUAGGAUAAGCAGAUUGAAGCUCCUUGAAAUCUUCCCAUGUGGCAUCCUCUGAAAAUAGACUAUCCCAUUGCACUAACACACGUUGUGGAGAAUGAUUAUCCACUACCAAGAUGGCCAAGGGCCAAAUAAUAGGCUGAGAAGUAGUGGUGGAAGGAGGUAACGAAAAAGAAGUUGUGCCAGUGAAAGGCUUCAACAAAGAAGCAUGAAAAAUAGGGUGAAGUUUAGCCUGAGGUGGUAGAGCCAGGCGAAAUGCUACAUCUCCAAUGCACUCUAUAAUUUCAAAAGGCCCAUAAUAACGCUUAAAAAGUUUCUGAACUCGUGGUCCUGACAAAGAAUGCUGACGGUAAGGGCGAAGUUUGACCAUAACGUGACGUGAUCACCAAGCUUGAACGGGGCAGGAACUUGCUUCUUGUCAGCAGCAUGCUUCAUCGCCUCCUGGGCCUUCAGCAACUUCGCUCGUAACUUGUUCAGAAUUUUAUUACGACAAGUCAAUUUAGCAUCAACAACUUUGAGCUUUGAGUUUCCCACACAGUAGCUAGGAACGGUAGGGGGAGGUUUGCCAUACAUAACUUCAAAAGGAGAAAGCCCGAUGGAUGAAUGCAUA